ACAAUCUCGUCGACUGGCGUGAGAAGUAAUGAUACACAGUAUACUAGAAUCUGUGGCUUUAAUAGCAAACUAGAUGCUCCGAACUCAUAUGAAACAUCAUAUUUACGUCAAGUUCAAUCAAACGGUUUUGUGUUAUCGAACUCCCAAAAUUUCUAGUGAGAACUCCGUAUUCCAUAAGGAUAUCAAACAAGUUAUUAUCGGAUAUCCCUGUAAAUGAUAACCAGCUGCCGGAAUGUCUAGUAGAGCCUACUAUCAAAAGACCGACAUGAGCCAAAGAUCCCCCCAACCAACUUACUACGAAGAAGGUGCUGAUGAUUAUAGAUACCAAGAUGGUUAUGCUUCAGAAGGGAAGCCCCGUCCUGCUGGCCAAGAUGAAUAUAGUGAUUAUGAUUAUGAUCAAGAUACAGCUGACGAUGCUUAUAGUGGAGAUGAACCCUCUGAAAGUGCUCAUCAGGCUUAUCCUGGUCAAGUCUCACCUGGAACUCAAUCUUCACAAGACUAUAGAUCACGACAAGCUGUCCAAAAGGCACAAGCCAGAUAUGCUCGAUCCCAUACACCACAAGCCCGUAUAACUAACCAGCAUCUAUCGACCGCUCAAGCAUACCGCCAAUCUCAACCAGUUCUAACCCAACAACAACAGGCCAGGCAAGCUCAAAUAUGCCUUCAUGAAAAAUCACAUCCAGCUCUACCACCGCAACAUCAAUCGCAUCGACAGGUUGAACAGCAGUACUAUGAACAGCAGCACCAACUUCAGUAUCAACAGAUGCAACGUGCACGUCAACUUCAACAAGCUCAACAUGUUCAUCAGUUGACGGGAGAACAAACCAGGCAAGAGGCAGCGCUACAACUACAGAGAGCUCAACAAUUGCAAAUUGAGAAGCAGCUCCAACAGCAGAUUCAGCAAGCACAAAUUCAACAAUUGCAACAAGCCCAACAGAUGAAGCAAGCUGAGCAGCAACAACAAAGUCAGCAGCUCCAGCAACAAGCUCAAGCUCAACAGCAAAUGGAAGUGUUGCAGUCUGCUCGUCAAUUGCAACAGGCUCAAGUUCAACAGGCUCAAAGAACCCAACAGGUAUGAGAGACUCAUCCAGCAGCAGUAUCAGCAACAGCAGCAAGCUUACUCUCAAAACACGUCAGCAGCCAAGAAAGCUCAACACCCAGUCCAAGCUGCACCGCCAGCCAGACAUGAAGCUUCUAAAAUUAAAUCCAAGGACAACCUGACGAUGCGACCUAAAACCGUUGAAGUGAGGAAACCUUGCCCUGUGGAGGCUGCAACCUCUCAGCAGUACGCUCAGCUAGGCGACUGGAUGCAGCACCAACAGCAACUUCAUGUCUAUAAUUCCCGUAAUCGAUCUCAGCUCCCAGCAAGGUAUCUGAUGGAUGGCACAUACGCUGUCAUGACUCCAACCAAGACCAGUGAUGUAGCAAAACCUUCUCAACCAAGUAUCACUUACCCAUCAUACGCAGCUCAAUCAGGAGAUACUCAGCAAAAAAGAGCAGGAAAAAGCAUUGCGUAUGCCACCGUGACGCCGACAGCUCUCAGGUCACCAUCUCCUCAUGCCAGGGCCGCUUCUGCCACCAGAUCAGAGUCUACGUACCAACAUCAGAAUACUGCCGCGGUACGACCGUUGCAACAGUACGAACCACGCAAAUCGCCGCCGCUUGCCGCGACCAGACAACAACAGCAACAACAACAGAGAUAUGCAAGUUCCGAGCACCAGGCUGCGGUCGACGGCCAAUGGGCUGAAGAAGUAGCACAUCAGCGAGCUUACAGUAAGGCGAACGAGUCAAGAUAUCGGAGCCCCAAUAUGAACCAGCACUUGUAUACAUCUACACAUUAAACAUGUAGAAGAAAUACUUUGACGUAACAUUGUAAAGUCCAAUAAAAUACACGAAUAUAAAAUCAUCAUUUUUUACUUUGACCCGUGGCACGUUAGAGAAUCU